AUGGCCUCUCGUGCCAUCACACCCGUCGACGGCGCCGUCGACGUGUGCCUCGGCCGUCAAGGUCUAUUUUUAGCCAGUGGACACGACAAGAGUGGUCUUGCCUCAAGCGCUUCCAGUCGAGGCAGUGGGUCCGUGCACGAUCAAAGCGAUGUGCUGCGUCUGGACGACGUCGGCUUUGACGCCGGCCAUGCUGCGCCACCUGAUGGAUUGUCAAACGAAGCCGACCGCCAGUACUCGCACGGCAGCUCGAACGCCGCAACUCGGUUCCGAGUUGAAGAGCAGACCGCGUUGGCCUACACCGCGCUCAUGUCGGUUUGA